UACAACACUCCUUGCAAGCGAAGAACAAAAUCCAAGGGAGAAAGAGAGAUGGGGAGAAGACGAAGCCCGGCGCCGUUGCUGGUGUUCUUGGCCGUUCUAGCCGUGCUCCUCGCAUCUCUUCCCCACCUCGCCGAAUCCAGCGGCAGGCACCACCACCACCACGGCCAACACUCCCAUCUCCAAAGCAGAGGGCACGGAAGAGGAGAGGGGGGCGGAGCGCAGGCGCCGGCAGCGAAGGCGAAGAGACAGUGGCCGUGCUGCGAGAACUGCGGCGCGUGCACCAAGUCGAUCCCGCCGCAGUGCCAGUGCAUGGACGCGGUGCGCGGCGGUUGCCACCCGGCGUGCCGGGACUGCGUCAAGUCCGCGCUCAGCGUCCACCCGCCCGUCUACCAGUGCAUGGACCGCAUCCCCAACUUCUGCCAGCGGCGCUGCAACGCCGUCGCCGCCCACUGACACGACAAACUUGCUCACCUACCCCACCGGCGACGAAGAAUCGUAUGGACGCUGUGCCAGCGUGCCGGCCAGUUGGGCCCUUUUGUUGUGGCUUUUUUUGGUAGGUGCGUUUUUUGGCUUU